UCUUUUACAUUCCAGUAUAACCACUGUGUAGCGUUCUAGGCUCACUGUAGAGGUGUCCACUAUGCAGGGAGACAGUCGGCCUGGCUGGAGGACAGAGCAGAGGUAUUCCCACAAAGUUCUCAUUGGGAACUGGCUGGAGGAAAGACUACAGUUCACCCAGGAAUGCAAGCCACUGAGCAGCACCUAUCGGCAAGACUUCAGGCUCUGGACAGAGCUCAAGCCGGAUACGAUCAUGAGGCGGACAGCGCUGCGUCGAGCCGAGGGUCUUCCCACCAAGCUUCUCUUCUCCCACCAUGACCCACCCACCUCCCAAUAUCUGGUUUCUCUCUACGACGAAUCGUAUGGCCGACGAGGCCCUUCCCACCUCCCUGCCCACCGCACCUGGCACUCUGACAAAAUGGCCUGGGUCCCUGAGAGAUCUGACCACCCGAUCCAUGGCCCCCCAACGAACUACGGUCUGGUGGAGACGCAGCGGGCACAGGUGGGACAACAGCAGGUGAAGGUGCCCGUGGUGAGUGUGUAUAAGGAUGCAUACCCUCUUCCACCCACAAGUGCUUUCUGCCAGCCUCGACACGCCCGAGCGCCCUGCUUGAUAUCUGGCAGCAGCAGAGACCUGGAGCAGAACCUGAAGUGGAACCAGGCGCCUGGUGGGGCAGUCAGCCUGCUGCCCACCCACAACCCCGUGCCUAGCCUUGCGGAGGACUGGACAAAACACUUCUGGCCCUGAAAAGAGUUGAAGGCCAGUGGUGACAGCAUGAAGCAUUGAAAAAUUGAUAUUAAACAGAG